CUGAAAAUAUUGGGCCUAUAACUAAAAGACCAAUUCAUUCUUUCCUCACAACUAAAAAGCCCACCAAAACGCAAAAAUAUCACAAAGCUUUGAUUUGGGGUUUAACAAGGGUUACUACAGUUUCCACCAUUUCCCUGAAGAAGACGAAGAAGAGGAAGAAGAGGAAGAAGUCGAAGCUGUUCAUCAAUCGUCCGAAAUGCGUAGAAGCUUCUCUGUUUUGGGUCCUUACAAAUGGCUAAAACCUUCUUCUACAUAUACCAACGUUUACUGCUUCGUCACAAAUCCUCCUCUCAUUUCUAACCCUAACAACGGCUCUGCGAUUUUCCGAUAUCUAUCUUACUUCGCACCUCAACAACGAAGACAACAACAACAAGCACCAGAUCCAGAUGAUCCAGCGAAUCUAUUGAAAGAAGAUGGAGUAUCUCUCUGUUCUCAGAUGUGGCUUGAGAAUUUCAAAGAACCUGACAAAACCGCUACUAAUUUAACCUCGUAUCUUCGUAGAUUCGAGUUAUGGGUAUUAGCUUAUCAGAAAGUUUGCUGUGAUGAAUUAGGUGCUUAUGUUCCUCGUAGCUCUAUUCAAAGAUCAGCUUUAGAGAAUUUGUUAGCUUUAAGAAACUCUGUUCUCGAUGAUCGGUUUAAAUGGGGUUCUCGGUUGGAUUUCUAUAUUAAAUCUCCUAGAGAUAAGACCGAUUACGAGUCGUUGUCGAAGAGGAAGAUUAAAGCGAUUUUGACUACUACGCAGCCUACUCCGUUUCAGGAUAGGAUAGUUCAGGAGGUUUUGUUGAUGAUUUUGGAACCGAUAUACGAAUCUCGGUUUUCGCAAAAAUCGUUUGCGUUUCGGCCCGGGAGGACCGCGCAUACGGUGUUGAGAGUGAUUCGGAGGAAUUUCGCGGGUUAUUUGUGGUAUGUUAAGGGUGAUUUGAGUGUUGUGUUGGAUGGAAUGAAAGUUGGUUUUGUGAUUAGUUCUUUGAUGAGAGAUGUUAGAGAUAAGAAAGUGAUUGAUUUGAUCAAAUCUGCGCUUGUUACACCUGUUGUAACGAGUAAAGUUGAAGAUGGUGAGAAGAAGAAGACUAAGAAGAGAAAAUAUCAGAAAAAACGGGUUUUGGCUGAGGAUGAGCCCAAGCCUGAUCCUUAUUGGUUAGAGACGUUCUUUGGUUUUGCUCCUGAGGAAGCUGGGAAGUCUCCGCAGUGGGGACAUUGCGGGAUUCUUAGUCCUCUUUUGGUUAAUGUAUGUCUUGACGAGCUUGAUCGUUGGAUGGAAACGAAAGUGAAAGACUUUUACCGUCCUUCGAAAAGCGAUGUUAUAUGGAAUAACCCUGAAGGAGAAGCGGAUCAAGGAAACACUUCUUGGCCGGAAUUUGUUCCCACGAGUGGUCCUGACAAAACGAGGAAAAUGGAUUACGUUAGAUAUGGAGGUCAUAUCUUGAUUGGUGUCCGUGGACCUCGAGCUGAUGCUGCAACGUUAAGGAAAGAGCUUAUUGAGUUUGUUGAUCAGAAGUAUAUGCUUAGACUCGACAAUGAGAAUCUACCCAUUGAACAUAUAACAAAAGGUAUAAUGUUUCUUGAUCAUGUUUUGUGUCGCCGAGUUGUUUAUCCGACUCUGAGGUAUACUGCGACCGGUGGGAAGAUUAUAAGCGAAAAAGGCGUGGGAACGCUUUUAUCCGUUACAGCGAGUUUGAAGCAAUGCAUCAAACAGUUUCGAAAGCUGUUAUUUAUAAAAGGAGAUCGUGAUCCGGAUCCACAGCCUUGUUUUAGAAUGUUCCACGCAACUCAAGCUCAUACGAAUAAUCAGAUGAAUAAGUUUUUGACUACGAUUGCUGAGUGGUAUCGGUUUGCAGAUAACAGAAAGAAAAUUGUGAAUUUCUGUUCUUAUAUUAUCCGUGGUUCACUUGCUAAGCUUUAUGCUGCAAAGUAUAAACUUAGAUCAAGAGCAAAAGUGUAUAAGUUCGCUAAUCGGAAUCUGAGCCUUCCGUUGUUGCAGAAGAAAGGUCAGUCACCAGAAUAUCAGAAUCUCUUAAGAAUGGGUCUUGCUGAAUCGGUUGAUGGACUUGUUUAUACAAGAAUGUCUCUAGUUCCAGAAACUGAUUACUCGCCUUUCCCGGGUAAUUGGAGGCCCGAGCACGAGAAGUUUCUGAUCGAGUACUUAACACUCGAUGAACCGAAAACCUUAGAAGAGCAAAAGAGAUUUAUUAGAGAGAAAGGGCUCGUUUCGCCUCAGGAUUACACAUCGAUGUUGGUUUGGAACUAUAAGAGAAAUGCUAUUCCAAUGGAUCAAGUUUCAAUUCUAAAGGAUCAACCUUUCUUGUUGGGAUCAUCAAGUACCUACAACCGCGACAAUGAUGAUCAGAAGAAUAAAGAAGAAGAUGAAGAUAGUGAAGAUGGGCUUCGCAUUGCACGCAUGUAAGAAACCAGAAAACUGUUUGACUUUUACUCUUAUAUCAAGCUUGUAUAAUUUGAUGCCAUAUUAGCCAUUCCCUAUCCGGUUUGUUUCGGCUAUUGUAUGCAAAACACCAAAUUUAUUAGCAUUGGUAUUUUCAGAAAUAGUUCAGUUAUCUAAAGCUUAUGUGAUCUUUAGGCAGAUACAAUAAAACCUCUAUAAAUU